AAGGCGUGGUCGCGCUGUGAAAUGUCAGGGUGGAAUGGCGCUCGGCGCGGUAUUUUGAACAAUCGCUUCUUCCUUUCCUGUCUAAAUCUGGUAACGUUGACCUGCGUGGGAAAAAAACAUCGGCUUUAGCAUUGAGCUGAGAGUUUGCAAACAUGGAUGUUGUCUCGCCAGAAGUCAACAGCCACCUUCCUGAUGAGAUUAUGGAUACAGAAGGGAUAGAGGACAUCCCUCCCUCGGAAUCUGAAAGCAUCACAGUCCAGUCAGAGCCCAGUGACAUCACACCAAUCCCGAUGGAAACAGAUAUACCCAUUGUUGCAGAAAAUGUGAGUCUGUGUUCUGUCCCUGCUCCAACAGAACUCACAAAGUCUGUGACUCUCAACACCAUCACAGACUCAAAAGGUGGCAUCAGUUCUGGAAGUCAGCUUUCUGUCUUACUGUCCAGUACAUCAUCAUCCCUUGUCACUGUCAAACCUGCCUUGGCCACUUCCACAGCAAUCACCAAAAUUACAAACAGUGUGACAGGAACUACAGUCUCCACAAGUGGACUAAAGAUCUCAGCUCCCUUUCCAAUCUCUGCUGCAAACCACCAGAUCAUCCUCAACAAGGUGGCUUCAUCUCAAGCAGCAAAGUCUGCUGGUACAACACCUCAGGUCAUCAAGCAUGAAGGACAAAAAGUUUUGGUUACACAAAUAGGAAAGUCUGGGCACCCCAUAGUGCUGCACUUACCCCAUGCUGCCAACAAGCCUGGAGUGACGCAAACAUCAGGAGAUACAAAGUCCCAAACACAGUUUAAGGUGGUGACAAUUGGGGGGAGAUCUGAACUCAAGCCAGUGAUGGGAAGUGCUGCCAACCAGGUGACCACAUUACAGGCCCAGCAGCUGAAGACCCUGCAGGUUACAUCUAAUGUUAUUAUUGCUAAGAAAACACCACCAUCCUCAGCUGCACCAAUCAAAUUUAUCAUCACGAAAACGGUGAACACCAAAGGUCUCAGUACGCAGACAGCAGUGUCUCCUGUCAUUGCCGGACGUGUACUAACUCAGAAUUCCUCUGCAAUUCCACCAAAGACCAUCACAAUUUCUGAGCCUCACACCACCAGCAUCCAGAGUAUCUCUGGCAAAAAAAUAGCCAUUUCACCACUUAAGACUCCCACCAAGGUGACUGUGGUAUCUGUAGCUUCCCCAACCUCCGGUGCUCCUCCAAAGUCUGUGGCACUGCCCAUCAACGUAGCCCUUGGUCAACAGAUCCUUGCAGUUCAACACUCUACAUCUGCGUCUCCAGUCAAGGUGGCCACAAGUCAGUCAUCUGCACAGAGCAUUAAGCCGGUGCAGGCUGUGGGAGGAGUCAGCAACUCCCAGUUCAAGACCAUCAUCCCUCUUGCCACGCAGCCCAAUAUACAGCAGAUUCAGGUGCCAGGUAGCAGGUUCCACUACGUCCGCCUCGUCACAGCGACCACAGCUGCUAGUACCGGACAGCCCGGUUGUGCCAGCACCAGCUCCACACAAACAGCUAAGCCUGUGGUGGUCGGCACAGGAGCAGUGAGGAUGUCCGUCCCAAUUGUUUCAGCACAAACCAUAAAGCAGGUGGCACCCAAGCCCUUGACAUCAGCAGCGCAGGUGGUGACGACCCCUCAGACACAGCAACGCCUGAUCAUGCCUGCAACUCCACUACCCCAGAUCCAGCCCAAUUUCACCAACCUUCCACCAGGCACGGUCCUGGCACCAGCUCCGGGCUCCGGGAAUGUCGGCUAUGCAGUCGUGCCAGCUCAAUAUGUCACACAGCUCCAACAGGCGCCAUUUGUGACCUUAGCCAGCAGUUCCAAUUUCCCCACGUCCACUGCUAUCCAGACUCAGGCCAGACUGCCACUCAAUGGCUUAUCAGCAGAAACAACAUCAAGACCAAGGAAACCCUGCAACUGCACCAAGUCACAGUGUCUCAAACUGUACUGUGACUGCUUUGCAAAUGGAGAAUUCUGCAAUAACUGUAACUGCACUAACUGCUUCAAUAACCUGGAGCAUGAAACAGAGCGUCUCAAAGCUAUAAAGACGUGUCUGGACCGGAACCCAGAGGCCUUCAAACCUAAAAUUGGUAAAGGCAAAGAGGGCGAGUCAGAUCGGCGACACAGUAAAGGGUGCAACUGCAAACGUUCAGGCUGCCUGAAGAACUACUGCGAGUGCUAUGAGGCAAAGAUCAUGUGUUCUUCCAUUUGCAAAUGCAUCGGCUGCAAAAACUUUGAGGAGAGUCCGGAGAGGAAGACACUGAUGCACUUGGCCGAUGCAGCAGAAGUGAGGGUGCAGCAGCAGACUGCAGCCAAGACUAAACUCUCAUCACAAAUCUCAGAUCUGCUCAUGAGGACGACACCCAUCAUUUCCAGUGGAGGCGGGAGGUUGCCGUACACGUUUGUGACAAAGGAGGUGCUUGAAGCGACUUGCGAGUGUUUGCUGGAACAGGCCAAACAGGCCGAGCUGAGUCACCAGCCUCAGGCUGAGGCAGAAAGAAUGAUCCUGGAGGAGUUUGGGCACUGUCUCAUGAGGAUAAUCAGCUCCGCAGGGAAAGCCAAAGCAGACUGCGCCUCCAUCAACUGCUAGGACGAGUGCUCUGAUUCUGUCUGCCCUCCAGCCACCACAGCCGCUCCUCCUGAGAGACACGGACCCUCGCCGCCUCUCGCUCCUGUAGGGGAGCAGGACGUCUCAUCACAAGGCUGAACAAUGACCUGCCGAGGCAAAGCUGAAAGACAGCUGGAAAAACAAACCGAACAGUCAUUUGCACCGUUCACCAACUUUGUAAGCAACUUAUUGAAGGACAAAUGGACGGAGAAAGCAACUCUGAUUGUCUUUAAAAUUAUCACACGUUGAUCAGGCUGUGACUGACA